GAGCCGCCCCGAGGCGCAGGGCAUGGUGGGAGAGGAAGCGGAGCCCACGCUGCGCAGCGUGGAUGAUGGCGGGGGUCGCGGAGCCUCCGCGCGGCGCGGGACGGAGGAAGCUGGCGGAGCUGAGCGUGGAUGAGUUCCUCACCUCGGGCUUUGACUCGGAGCUGGACAGUGGGUCCGAGGAGGAAGAAGGGGCCUGUGGGCCCCCCGCGGGGGCUCCGGGUGGAGCGCGGAGCCAGGCAGCUGCCGGGAUGCCCAAGAGGAAGCCGACCGCCCAGGAGGGGCCAGCCCCAAAGAAGUUAAGGAAGGGCCAGGCGUCCGAGCACAAAGACCAGCUCUCGAGGCUGAAGGACAAGGACCCCGAGUUCUACAAGUUCCUCCAGGAAAACGACCAGACGCUCUUGAACUUUGAUGACUCGGACAGCUCCGAGGAAGAGGAGGAAGAGAAGUUCCACACGCUCCCGGAGGAGCUGGAGGAAGCCAGUGAGGAUGAAGAGGGGGAGGAGGAAGAGGAGCAGAGCACGCGGAAGAGCCGAUCCAAGCGGGCUAAACUGACCCUCAAGAUGGUGGAGCAGUGGAAAGAGUCAGCCAAGAAGGACCUCUCGCCGCGCCUCUUCCACGAAGUCCUGCAGGCCUUCCGGGCCGCCGUGUCCACCACCCACGAGGACAAGGAGCACAAGGAGCCCAGCAAGUUCCGGAUCACAGACAGCGCGGUGUUCAACGCCAUCAUCACCUUCUGCAUUCGGGACCUGUUCCCCUGCCUCCAGAAGCUACUGCAGCUGAAGCCGCCCAAAGACAGGACCAAGCUGGUGCAGCCGUCCAGCAGCCCCCUCUGGACCAAGCUGCGGCUUGAUGUCAAGUCGUAUCUGAACUCCGUCACCCAGCUGGUGUCCUGCCUGACCGAGGCGUCCGUGGCCACUGCCGUCCUCCAGCACAUCAAUGCCAUUGUCCCUUAUUAUCUCACCUUCCCCAAGCAGUGCCGGGUACUGCUCAAGAGGAUGGUCCUGCUCUGGAGCACGGGCGAGGAGACGGUGCGGGUGCUGGCCUUCCUCGUCAUCAACAAGGUCUGCCGCCACAAGAAGGACCCCUUCCUGAGCCCCGUUCUCAAGCAAAUGUACAUCUCCUACGUGAGGAACUCCAAGUUCACCUCGCCCAACGUGCUCCCCAUGAUCAACUUCAUGCAGCGCUCGCUGACGGAGAUGUGCGCCCUGGACCCCGCCCUCUCCUACCAGCACGCCUUCCUCUACAUCCGCCAGCUCGCCAUCCACCUGCGCAACGCCAUGACCAUGAACAAGAAGGAGACCCACCAGUCCGUGUACAACUGGCAGUACGUGCACUGCCUCUACCUGUGGUGCCGCGUCCUGAGCACCAUCCACCCCAGCGAGGUCCUGCAGCCGCUCAUCUACCCGCUGACCCAGGUCAUCAUCGGCUGCAUCAAGCUGGUCCCCACGGCCCGCUUCUACCCGCUGCGGAUGCACUGCGUGCGGGCCCUGACACUGCUCUCGGAGAGCACCGGCACCUUCAUCCCCGUCCUGCCCUUCAUCCUGGAGAUCUUCCACCAGGUGGACUUCAACAGGAAGCCCGGACGCAUGAGCGCCAAGCCCAUCAACUUCGCCGUCAUCCUGAAGCUGUCCAACAUCAACCUGCAGGAGAAGGCCUACCGGGACGGCCUGGUGGAGCAGCUCUACGACCUGACCCUGGAGUACCUGCACAGCCAGGCCUGCGCCAUCGGCUUCCCGGAGCUGGCCCUGCCCGCCGUCAUCCAGCUCAAAUCCUUCCUGAAGGAGUGCAAGGUCGCCAACUACUGCAAGCAGAUCCGCCAGCUCCUGGAGAAGAUACAGGAGAACGUGGCGCACAUCUCCGGCCGGCGGCAGAAGGCGGCCUUCGGCGUGUCUGACCAGCAGGCCGUGGAUGCCUGGGAGAAGCAGGUGCGGGCAGAGGGCACCCCCCUCACCAGGUACUACAGCCACUGGAAGAAGCUGCGGGACAAGGAGAUCCUGAUGGAGAUCAGCGGCAAAGAGAGGCUGGAAGAGCUGAACUUCCCCGAGAUAAAGCGCCGGAAGCCGGGAGACAGGAAGGAGGAGGACCGGAAGGAAUUCAAAGAUCUCUUUGACCUGGACUCUGACUCGGAGGAGGAGGAGGACGGCGGAUUCUCUGUGAAAGGAAAGGCCGAAGGCAACGACGGCUCUGGGGAGAGCGCGGACGAGGCGUCCAGCCUGAGCGGGGACAGCGAGGACGACAAGGACGAUGACGGGGACGGCGGCAGCGACUCGGAGGGCCCCGCGGAAGCCCCGAAGCUGCCCCCGGCCGAGCUGCAGAGACUGGCGCAGGGGGCGGCCGACGUGGUGGAGGAGCUGCAGCUUUCCGAGGAGGACUGAGAGCGUGGCGGGGCCCCGGCGAGGAACACGCACAGGGCUCGGGGUCGGGGCCUUUAUUAUUUUUCUUUACAAUAUAAAGAAGCUUAAAUGUA